AUGAGGCGCGUGUUGGCCCCUCCGCUCCUCACUGGACUGCGAGGCAGUGAAGGGACUGACGCUGCGUCAUCUUUCCGUGUGCUCAUCUGUACUAGAAACCCUCAGUGCUUGUUACGCCCAUGUUCUGUGACUUGUGGGAGCUUAGUUCCUCAACCAGGGAUUGAAACCAAAAGUCACAUCACAACUAUUCCUAAACUGAUUAACAAAGAAUUGAAUUGCCCCUCUGGUUCAGUUAUUGCUGCGGCCAGAGUAGCAGUCUCUGAAAAUGACAGUGAACUCGCCAGUGUAGCCGCUACAAGAGGCGUAUUUAUGCCAUAUGCAGAAGGGAAUCUUCCUGAGAAAAGGGAAAUAGCAGCAGGAAAUCACUCCUCAGUGACUGAGUUCAUCCUUGCUGGGCUAACAGAGCAUCCAGGACUCCAGCUGCCCCUUUUCUUCCUCUUCCUAGGAGUCUAUGUGGUCACGGUGGUGGGAAACCUGGUCAUGAUCGUAUUGAUUGGGCUCAGUUCUCGCCUGCACACCCCCAUGUACUAUUUCCUCAGCAGCUUGUCCUUCAUUGACCUCUGUCAGUCCACUGUCAUUACCCCCAAAAUGCUGGUGAGCUUUGUGACAGAGAAGAAUACUAUCUCCUACCCAGCAUGUAUGACUCAACUCUUCUUCUUCCUUGUUUUUGUUAUAUCAGAAUGUCAUAUGUUGGCUGUAAUGGUGUAUGAUUGCUAUGUUGCCAUCUGUAACCCCUUGCUUUACAAUGUCACCAGGUCUUACCAGCUCUGUUCUUGCAUGGUGGCUGGGGUUUAUAUCAUGGGCUUGACUGGUGCCACAGCUCACACAGGCUGCUUGCUAAGAGUGCUUUUCUGCAAGGCUGAUGUGAUCAACCACUACCUCUGUGAUCUUUUUCCUCUAUUGGAGCUCUCCUGUUCCAGUACUUACAUCAAUGAGGUGGUAGUUUUGUGUUUCAGUGCAUUUAAUAUCCUCACCCCCAUCCUGACCAUCCUCAGCUCCUACAUCUUCAUCAUCUCCAGCAUCCUCCACAUUCGUUCCACGGAGGGCAGGUCCAAAGCCUUCAGCACAUGCAGCUCCCACAUCUCAGCUGUUGUUAUUUUCUUUGGAUCUGCAGCAUUCAUGUACCUGCAGCCAUCAUCUGUCAGCUCCAUGGACCAAGGGAAAUUGUCCUCUGUGUUUUACACCAUUAUUGUGCCCAUGCUGAAUCCCCUGAUCUACAGCCUAAGGAAUAAAGAUGUCAAAAUUGCCUUCAAUAAAAUCCUUGAAAAAAGAUGUUUUCUGUGA